AUGCAAGGUAAAGAUGUUAGUCUAAUUUUAAUCUAUGAUAGUCAUGGUAACAUUGCUGGUACUCAAAUGGGUAUCCCAGCAUCAUUAAUCAAUGACAAAUAUUAUAAGUUUUCUGAACAGAAAAUGUAUAAUCGAGAUACGAUUGCUGGUAUUGAUGUGUACAUUCUUACAGCAUAUUUUAUUGAUCCAAAAACAAUUUGUCAAUCAGAUGCUAAUGAUACUCGUAAAGUAGGAACUACAGGUACAGGACUUUGGUUACAAAAUGGUCCAGAUCCAAUUCAAGAUUCCUUUUCAUCACCAAUGAAUCAAACUGAUGCUAAUAAAACCAAAUGGGUUCAAGGUGCAUGUUUUCCAACGAUGGGUGUUCAUUAUUGGUAUGACAAUCGACUUGAUACUGACUGUAGUCACUUUUUUCCUGCUUUUCUUAUGUACAAUGAAGGAAUAUUAACUGGAUUUGGUUGGGCUGCAGCUGGAAAAUUUGAGCAUACAAACCGGGCUGAAUAUCCACCUUUAGCAGCUUUAACCUCAUUCUUAGUACCAGUUCCAACAUGUAUGCCUGAUUUCUUUCACGAAACUACUGGUUUUACUACAAUGCACGUGUAUUUUAAUGCAGCACCAUGGAAUUUACUUUGUUAA